AAUAAUAACAAAAAAUAGCUAGAUUCUGAAGAAGAAAACUUUACUUCAGCAGGAAAGUAGGGUUUACUAGUGCAAUGCCAAAACCCUAGUCCACGCUCUCUCUAUCUCUCUAACCAUAUUAUACGCGCCUUCGAUUCUAGCUAACCCUAAGAGGGUUCAUGUAAUGGCUGGUGCCCGAGAAAUCACCACUGCAUCUCAAUUUUUGCAGGGUACCUCUAGGCAAACUCUGUUUUUACUGAGAGAUUUGCCUAUUAAUCGGCGAAAGCAGCUGCUAUGUGGCACACUUCGUAAUCGUAAGCCUCCUCUGGGUGUAUCUAACGGAAGAUGUGUAUCAUUGAGGUGCUGUGCUCAAUCAAAGCCUACAGCUGUUGUUUCUAGUGGUGUGACAAGCUCUGUUGAUGAACAAUCUAGUUUGAUUGAGAAGCCUGCACAAGAAAUUGUCCCUUUUUAUCGCUUGCCAUUAAUUCAAGAGAGUGCAACUCUUGAAUUGCUCAAGUUGGUUCAAACAAAAGUUUCGAAUGAGAUUGUUGGGCUACAAACUGAGCAGUGUUUUAAUAUUGGUCUUCAAUCUGAGAUUUCGGAUGAGAAGCUUGGAGUACUUAGGUGGCUGCUUCAGGAAACGUAUGAGCCAGAGAAUUUGGGGACUGAGAGCUUUCUUGAGAAGAAGAGGAAAGAAGGAUUGAAUACUGUUGUAGUUGAGGUUGGGCCUAGGUUGUCUUUUACAACAGCUUGGUCUGCAAAUGCCGUGUCAAUUUGUUGUGCUUGUGGGUUAACAGAAGUGACUCGAAUGGAACGGUCGAGGAGGUACUUGCUCUAUAGUAAGGGAGUGUUGCAAGAAGAUCAACUUAAUGAGUUUGCUGCCUUGGUUCAUGAUCGGAUGACUGAAUGUGUUUAUACUCAGAGGCUGACAUCUUUUGAGACUAAUGUGGUUCCUGAGGAAGUACGAUACGUGCCUGUUAUAGAGAAGGGUAGGAAAGCUUUGGAAGAGAUUAAUCAGGAGAUGGGAUUAGCUUUUGAUGAGCAAGAUUUGCAGUAUUACACUAGGCUGUUCAAGGAUGAUAUCAAACGGAAUCCAACAACAGUGGAAUUGUUUGACAUUGCUCAAUCCAACAGUGAGCAUAGUAGGCACUGGUUUUUUACUGGGAAGAUUGUUAUUGAUGGACAGCCCAUGGAUAGAACUCUUAUGCAGAUUGUGAAGAGCACCUUGCAGGCUAAUCCAAACAAUUCUGUAAUUGGCUUCAAGGAUAAUUCUAGUGCAAUCAAGGGUUUCCCUGUAAAGCAGUUGCGACCAGUUCAGCCUGGUUUGACAUGUCCACUGAAUGCAACUACUCGUGACCUUGAUAUUUUAUUUACAGCUGAAACCCAUAAUUUCCCUUGCGCUGUGGCUCCUUAUCCUGGGGCAGAGACUGGUGCUGGCGGUAGAAUUAGGGAUACCCACGCAACAGGUAGGGGUUCAUUUGUUAUUGCAGCUACAGCUGGUUACUGCGUUGGGAAUCUGAAUAUAGAGGGUUCUUAUGCUCCAUGGGAGGAUCAUUCUUUCUCAUAUCCAUCAAACUUGGCAUCUCCUUUGCAGAUUCUUAUUGAUGCCAGUAAUGGGGCAUCAGACUAUGGAAACAAAUUCGGGGAGCCCUUAAUUCAGGGGUAUACUAGAACUUUUGGAAUGAGACUUCCAAGUGGAGAAAGGCGAGAAUGGUUGAAGCCCAUAAUGUUCAGUGGGGGAAUUGGGCAGAUUGAUCAUAUGCAUAUAACAAAAGGAGAGCCUGACCUUGGUAUGUUGGUUGUGAAGAUUGGAGGUCCUGCAUAUCGUAUUGGAAUGGGAGGUGGGGCCGCAUCAAGUAUGGUGAGUGGCCAGAAUGAUGCAGAGCUUGAUUUUAAUGCUGUACAACGUGGAGAUGCUGAGAUGGCUCAAAAACUCUAUCGAGUUGUUCGUGCCUGCAUUGAAAUGGGGGAGAAUAAUCCAAUUAUCAGCAUCCAUGAUCAGGGAGCAGGUGGUAACUGUAAUGUUGUCAAGGAGAUUAUAUAUCCAAAGGGCGCUGUGAUUGACAUCCGGGCAAUUGUUGUUGGUGAUCAUACGAUGUCUGUUUUGGAGAUAUGGGGCGCAGAAUAUCAGGAACAAGAUGCAAUCUUGGUAAAGCCUGAGAGCCGCGAUCUUUUACAAUCAAUCUGUGAAAGAGAAAGGGUGUCAAUGGCUGUUAUUGGGACGAUCAAUGGUGAGGGACGUGUUGUUUUGGUUGAUAGCUUAGCUAAUGAGAAGUGCCAUUCAAGUGGACACCCUACUCCUCCUCCUGCUGUGGAUCUUGAGCUGGAGCAAGUACUCGGGGACAUGCCUCAGAAGACCUUUGAGUUUCACCACGUGGUUCAUGCACGAGAGCCACUUGAUAUUGCCCCAGGGAUCACUGUGAUGGAGGCUUUGAAGAGGGUAUUAAGACUUCCUUCUGUGUGUUCAAAACGCUUCUUGACAACAAAAGUGGAUAGAUGUGUUACAGGUCUUGUGGCACAGCAGCAAACUGUUGGUCCUUUGCAGAUUACUCUUGCUGAUGUUGCUGUCAUUGCUCAGACUUACACUGACUUUACUGGAGGUGCAUGUGCAAUUGGAGAGCAGCCAAUCAAAGGUCUGGUUAAUCCAAAGGCAAUGGCUAGAUUAGCUGUUGGAGAAGCACUCACAAAUCUAGUUUGGGCUAAGGUUACUUCUCUUUCUGAUGUUAAAGCAAGUGGGAAUUGGAUGUAUGCUGCCAAGCUUGAUGGGGAGGGGGCAGACAUGUAUGAUGCUGCAAAAGCUCUAUCUGAAGCUAUGAUUGAACUUGGUAUUGCAAUUGAUGGGGGAAAGGAUAGUCUGUCAAUGGCAGCCCAUGCAGCUGGUGAGGUUGUUAAGGCUCCGGGUAAUCUUGUUAUAAGUGUGUAUGUCACUUGUCCUGACAUCACAAAAACAGUUACUCCAGAUUUGAAAUUGGGAGAUGAUGGUUUGUUGCUUCACAUUGAUAUGGCAAAAGGAAAGCGGCGGUUAGGUGCCUCUGCUCUUGCUCAAGCUUUUGACCAAGUUGGGGAUGACUGUCCUGAUCUUGAGGAUGUUCCUUACCUCAAAAGAGUUUUUGAGUGUAUCCAGGAUCUUAUUGCAGAUGAACUCAUCUCUUCUGGACAUGAUAUUAGUGAUGGUGGACUACUUGUCUGUGCCAUGGAGAUGGCAUUUGCUGGGAAUUGUGGUAUUGCUUUGGACUUAACUUCACAAGGGAAUGGUCUCUUCCAGAUACUCUUUGCUGAAGAGCUUGGUCUUGUUGUUGAGAUUAGCACAAAGAACUUGGAUACUGUAAUGCAAAAGCUCACUAGUGUAGGAGUUUCUGCUCAUAUUAUUGGACAAGUGACUGCCUCACCAGUGAUAGAACUGAAAGUUGAUUCGGUAACUCAUUUGAAUGAGAAGACUUCUCUCCUUAGAGAUGUGUGGGAAGAAACUAGUUUUCAUCUGGAAAAGUUCCAAAGACUGGCUUCUUGUGUGGACAUGGAGAACGAAGGUUUGAAGUCUAGGCAUGAACCUUACUGGAAGCUAUCUUUUAUUCCUUCCUUUACUGAUGAGAAAUAUAUGACUGCAACUUUGAAACCAAAAGUGGCUGUGAUUCGAGAGGAAGGCAGCAAUGGAGACAGAGAGAUGGCUGCAGCACUUUAUGCUGCUGGUUUUGAACCCUGGGAUGUUACAAUGUCAGACCUCUUGAAUGGAGCUAUCUCUCUUCAUGAAUUCCAUGGGAUUGUGUUUGUGGGGGGUUUUAGUUAUGCUGAUGUCCUUGAUUCUGCAAAAGGUUGGUCUGCUUCCAUACGAUUCAAUCAACCCCUUCUAAAUCAAUUUCAGGAGUUCUACAAGCGGCCUGACACUUUCAGUCUUGGUGUUUGCAAUGGCUGUCAGCUCAUGGCUCUACUGGGUUGGGUCCCAGGCCCCCAGGUUGGGGGUGUGCUUGGUGCUGGAGGUGACCCAUCACAACCAAGGUUCAUUCACAAUGAAUCUGGUCGAUUUGAAUGCCGCUUUACAAGUGUGACAAUAAAGGAUUCGCCUGCUAUAAUGUUCAAAGGGAUGGAAGGUAGUACAUUAGGGGUGUGGGCUGCCCAUGGCGAGGGAAGAGCAUAUUUCCCUGAUGAUGGUGUUCUUGAUCGUGUGAUUCAUUCAAACUUGGCCCCAGUUAGAUACUGCGAUGAUGAUGGGAAUCCUACAGAAGCUUACCCUUUCAAUGUGAAUGGCUCUCCCUUAGGAGUAGCAGCAAUUUGUUCUCCUGAUGGGAGGCAUCUUGCCAUGAUGCCUCAUCCAGAACGUUGCUUCUUGAUGUGGCAAUUCCCAUGGUACCCCUUGAACUGGAAUGUGGACAAAAAAGGUCCUAGCCCAUGGUUAAAGAUGUUCCAAAAUGCCAGAGAAUGGUGCUUAUGAGACAGUUUGUCAAAUUGUUGGAGAGAUAUGGAUCAUCAUUUUGAAGGGAUGUAGAAUUUUUUGAAGUCAAGAGGUGUUUUGGAUCACAAAUCAUUAUCCAUAGUUCCUCCAGCAUCAAAUUAAGCUUAUUUUUCUGUGCCAAAAAUACACACCAAGGUUUCAAUGGACACAGGUGUUGAAAGUUUUGAGUUUCAUGUUGUUCCCUUCAAUAUGUUUAUGGUUUCUCUUUCAUUUGUAUUGAACUACAUGAAUAAUACAAAAUUUUAGUUGUUAUAAAUA